UUUUUUUUUCUUCAAUUAUUUUAAGAUUAUAAUAAAUAAUGUCUUCUCUAACAAGCAUUGCAGUUAAUAAAAAUAAAAAGGCUUUGCACCCAAGAUUGCUAAACGUAAAGAUCGUAAUAGCGGAAAUAAAUCUAAUAGUUCAUCAUCUAAAUCUACAGCGCCAAAGGCUGUAAACAGUAAUAAGGAUGCAGUCCAUCAUGUUUCAGAAUCAGCCAUUCCAUCACAACAACAGACACAAUCAUCUUCUACCAAUGUUAAAACCCCUAUUAUGACACCCACUCCUAUUGCUCCAGCUCCUACUCUUAUACCUUCCUCGCUUAAUACAACUUCACACACUGUGGAUGCGCCACCACCACCACCAUCAUCACCUACUACUGCACUCUCUCCUGGACUUGUGAAUGCUAAAAAGGAACCACUGACAGAAGAAGAAAUGGCCAUCAAUGCAUCUGGACCAGUCCAUCGUCGUCGUCGACCCUCACAUACAGUGUCUAAUUAUAGUAAUACCUUACCUACUCCCUCAUUUCUAAAUCAACCCACGUCUCCAACCAAUGCACCUUCACCUGUUGCACCUAUUACAGAAAAAUCGGAUUGUGUUUAUCAUGAAGACGAACAGGCACCUAAUUUAAAAGUAGAGCGUCUUACGCCUGAUAUGAGGUCAAAAUUAUAUAGUAGUAGUAGCAGCAGAAUACAGACACCUAUCAAAUCAUCAGAUGAUGAUAUGGAUUAUGCUGAUUUAUUAGGGGAUGAUGAUCAUGAAGACUUUGAUAUAGAUAUAGAUCGAAAACAGCAGCAGCAGCAGCAACAACAACAACGAAUUGUUCCCAAUGAACGAGAGAUUUCGACUGAACGACAAGAAGAGACACAGAACACAUCAGAAGAAGAAGAAGAAGAAGAAGUAAAUAUUAUUACAGUCGAACGAAGACAAAGGCUAAGAAGAAAAGAAACAGCUAAACCAAGCCAAAGAAUGAGAGAAGAAUCAGAAAUACAAGAUGAUGAUGAUGAUGAUGACGAAGAAGAGUAUCAACUAGAAGAAACAGAUCAUGACAGUGAUGGCAAUUAUGAUGAAAGUCAAACAUCGCGAAAGAAAGGAAAAGCAAAGGUGACAAGGAAGAAAAAGAAUAGCAAAGGGAAAGAAAAGACAAGAAAGUCUCAAUCUUCUUCAAAUAAUAAUAAUAAUAGAAAAUCAACGAAAAGAAAAGCAACAGCCAUUUCAGUAGGUAUCUCAAUACCAGCAGUCGCUUCCUCUUCAUCAGCAGGAUCUGAUUCAGCACAAGGGAGAGCUCAAAGUGAAUCAGGAGAGGAUGAAGGCGGUAAAAAGAAAAGGGGACGUAAAGGUGGUAGAGAUGAGGAUGACUUUCGUCUUGUUGAAAAUAUGAGAACAUUGGAUGAUAUUCAUGAAGAUCCAGCAAAGAUUGAAUACCUUGAUAAGCCCAUGUCUGAAUUCACAAAGGACAUUGAUGGUAUUGUUUCAAAGACAUUUAAAGAAAUGGAAAUUCAACGACAGGCGGCUUUAAAGAAAGAGGAAGCUAAGAAGAACAUGAGUCAGGAAGAAUUGGAAGAGUUAAGGAAAAAGGAAGAAGAAGAAGAAAGGGAAGCAGCUAGAAAGAAAGAAUUAGCAGAAAAGGCAAAAGAAGAAGAAAGAAGACGGCGUGAAGCAGAAAGGAAUGUUUUAACAGAAACAUCGAAUGCUGUUCAAGUACGAAUUGUGAAUGGUGAAAUUGUACUGGAUACAGAUACAUUAGUAGUAGAGAGAAGACAAGCAACAGACGACUAUGAUGGAGAGCCUAGAGAAAUAGUUGAAGAAAAUAGUAUGUCAAGAAAAGUGAAUAGUCAAACCUAUGGUAAAAAAAAGCAGUCUUCUAAAUGGGAUGCAUUAGAAACUGAAUUAUUUUAUGAGUGUUUGUCACAAUUUGGCACAGACUUUGAAAUGAUAUCACAAAUGAUGCCUGGUAGAACGAGAGGACAAAUUCGAACUAAAUUUAAUAAGGAAGAGAGAUUAAAUCCUAUGAAAAUAACAGAAUAUUUAAUCAAGAAACGAAAGCCAUUAGAUAUUGAGAAAUUUAAGGAAAUGGCAGGUAUCGAACUAGAAGCUGUACCAGAAGAUUUUCAUGAAAUGCAACUUGCAUAAAAAUGAAAAAAUGAAAAAAUGAAAAAAAAAAGAA